AUGACAACCAUCAAGACCGAGGGAUUCAAAAUCCCUGGGAUGGACAGCACAUCGCAUAGACCGUCAAUGCAUCGACCAUUUUCCGACGGCUCGAUGACAGUGGACACAAAUAUCCUUACCUCUCUCAUGUCCGGCAGUCCUCAUCAUAUCCCGAUGAAUAUGGCAUCUCCAUUCUCAUUUUCCAGUUCUUUGCCAACUACUCAACCUCACACCUUCGACUACAGCAUGAACUCGCCGACGUCAACUAGUGCAGAUAGGUUUCACCCAGCAUCAAUCUUCAGCGCGAUGAAAUUCGGUCAUGAUAAUCCUGAACCGCCUAUCAAUAUUGUCGAAACUGCUAACACAGAGGAAAGGUCUCGUUCUCAAUCUUCCUCAAGGUCUUCUCACAUAGGUAAAGCCCCUUCUUCUCGCUCUCGAUCAGGAAGAAAAUCCAUGAACGAUGUUCGACCACCCUCGGGAUCUAUACAGCCCAGAGGUCGAUCAGCUGCACCUGGUCGGGCUCAAUCCUUUUCAGGUCAAGUCAGAGGAUCUAGUCAGAAUGGUGGUAAACCUAUGGGACUGGGUAUGGGCCUCGAUACUCACGUUGAAGGUGAACAAACCGAUUCCAUUUCUCCUCCUGAUUUUGGACUACCUGGGACUUUUGGAAUGUCCAUUCCUCGAAAUGAUCAUGAUGCUAUAUCAUGGGGAAGCGGAAGUCUUCCUUCAAUGAUUCCAGGUAGCAUUGGUUCCUUUGGCGAGAACUUGGACGAUGCGAUAAUCGAUAGUCCCAUGACUCCCGCUAGACCACUGGAGACUCUAUCUGAGGAGUCAUACAAGAAACAGCGUCGAAGGGAAUGCCAUAACCAGGUUGAAAAGAGGAGACGAGAGCAUAUCAAUGCGAAAAUCGAAGAACUCAGCCAUCUUCUACCUCCACUUUACAGUCUGCCGGAUAACGAUGAAGUACUGGACGAUUUGGAGGAAGAAGAGGCAAAACCUCAAGUUGGAUCUGGCAAGAAAAAAAAGACCAAACGAGCCAACUCCACUACUAUCAAAACACAGAAAGACACUGCCCACUGCAAAGGACGGAUUUUAAGUCAGAGUGUCCAAUACAUCCGUGAUCUCAAACAUAUCACCGAUAUGCAGAGUAAUCGCAUCUCCCAGUUGGAAGGCAUGUUGAUGAACUUUGGCGUAAACCCUGCUCUUCAACCUCCUCCCGUCACUACCGCUCAAUCAUCUCUUUUCUGGAUGGGUGACGGUCAGCAAAAUCCCAACCCCAUGGGAGAUCAACCUACCUUUGAUUUAAGCGGUGGACAACAGCUGGAAGUCAUGCGACCUUCCCCUGAACCUGAUCGACCGUUCUCUUUCGAACAUAUGAACCUGGACGCUCGAAUCUGGGGCAACACACUCACCAAUACCAUGAAUAACCCCCAGAACUCAGUCCAGGACGUCCUGAUGUCGUACGAACCAUCACCAAACACCGCUUCAUCAGCUUCCAUCAACAAGCUUCGCAGAUCAAGCGAAUCUGUGUCUUCAGCAGCCAGCUUUGAAGGUGAAGGUACAGAGAAUUUGGACAGAGUUUCGCCAACGUCUAUAAACAUGUCUAAUUCCGACGUCAGGGGUCGACAGAGAGAAAGAACCGUGAGGAAAGAUAGUCAGGUCGAGCUACAGAUGAGUAUGAGCGGGCUGCUUUCCGGUGUGAGGGAGGAACACGACAACGGAUUGAGAUGGAUAUAA